UCGCGACUCGGGAGCAGUACCGUCGGUAAACAUGGCGGCCAAGGCGCUUCGACAGCGAACCAGGCGAGGCAGCAGACAAGAUGCAAACAACGUGAACGUCCCCGCUGAAACUCGGGCACCCAAAGAGGAGAAAGUCACCGAUGACAGCAAAAUCACAGAGACUCGGCAAGAGUCAAUAAGUCGCGGGGGUCAGGUAUGGGCUCCAGAAGGUUCGACUGCAUUUAAAUGCCUGCUCUCUGCACGCUUCUGUGCAGCUUUGCUCAGCAACAUCUCCGACUGCGAUGAGACGUUUAACUACUGGGAGCCUAUGCACUACUUGCUCUACGGCACAGGAAUGCAAACAUGGGAAUACUCUCCACUGUAUGCCAUCAGGUCCUAUGCUUACUUAUGGUUACAUGCACUUCCUGCUUGCUUGCACGCCCAUGUUCUACAGACAAACAAGGUGUUGGUGUUCUACUUUGUGCGAUGUGUCUUAGCAUUCUCCUGCUGUGUCUGUGAGCUCUAUUUCUACAAAGCAGUUUGUAAGAAGUUUGGUUUGCAUGUGGGUCGUCUGAUGUUGGCAUUCCUCGUCCUGAGCACAGGAAUGUUCUGCUCCUCUGCAGCUUUCCUACCUUCGUCUUUCUGUAUGUACACAACACUGGUUGCCAUGACGGGUUGGUUCCAAGACUCGACACCGUUAGCCGUCAUCGGCGUGGCUGCCGGUGCCAUUGUUGGAUGGCCAUUCUCUGCAUUAAUCGGGCUUCCAAUUGCUUUCGACUUGCUUGUGUUGAAGAGGCAGUGGAAGAGUUUCAUCACCUGGUCAUUCAUUGCUUUGCUUCUGCUGCUGGUACCUCUGGUGGCGGUGGACUCUUUCUUUUAUGGCAAACUGGUCAUAGCGCCACUCAAUAUUCUCCUGUACAAUGUCUUUACACCACAUGGGCCUGAUCUAUAUGGUACGGAGCCGUGGCAUUUUUACUUUGUAAACGGCGUCCUGAACUUCAACCUGGUGUUUGCUCUGGCACUGUUUUCCCUGCCACUCACUGCUCUCAUGGAGACACUGUUACACAGGUUCAAUGUGCAGAACCUGGGCCGCCCGUACUGGCUGACUCUGUCUCCCAUGUAUCUGUGGAUGUUGGUUUUCUUCACUAGACCUCAUAAAGAAGAGCGUUUUCUCUUUCCUAUUUACCCUCUCAUCUGCCUCAGCGGGGCAGUUGCCCUCUCCUCAUUACAGAAAUGCUACCACUUCCUGUUCCAGCGAUACCGACUGGAACACUACACCGUCUCUUCGAACUGGUUGGCUUUAAGCACAGUGGUGGUCUUCGCUGUGCUGUCGCUGUCUCGUUCUGUCGCCCUCUUCAGAGGCUACCAUGCCCCUCUGGACCUGUACCCAGAAUUUCACCGCAUUGCCAAGGAUCCGACUCUUCACUCAGUCCCUGAAAGCAGGCCUGUCAGCGUAUGUGUUGGCAAAGAGUGGUAUCGGUUCCCGAGCAGUUUUCUUCUCCCACACAACUGGCAACUGCACUUCAUUCAGUCUGAGUUUAAGGGGCAGCUGCCUCAGCCGUACGCCUCUGGUCCUCUGGCCACACAGAUCAUCCCAGCUAAUAUGAACGAUCAGAACCUGGAGGAGCCAAGCAGAUAUGUUGAUUUAAAACAGUGCCACUACUUAGUGGACCUAGACACAGAUGAAGAGACGCCGCUUGAGCCACGUUACACAGCCAGCAAAGAGGAGUGGACUAUCAUCGCUUAUAAGCCUUUUCUUCAAGCAUCAAGGUCAUCUCCUCUCUUCAGAGCGUUCUACAUCCCAUUCAUAUCUGACCACCACACCACCUUUAGGCGCUACGCCAUCUUAAAACCGCGGCGGCAAAAGCAGCCUCGUAAGCGGAGCCACGGCUGACCUUUUACACCCAAACCUGUACAGUUGUACAAAAUCCCAACAAAAGACGUCAAUCACCUCUUCUCAAAACAGCUGGUAUUUGUGUGUCAGUGUGCAUGUUGUCUCACGAAACCUUUGAAGCUAUCAGACCCUUUAAAGACAUCAACCCCCCUGUCCACUUGUCAUCAACACUACACAGACUCUCUGAAUAUCACCACCCUGGACCACUUUUUGGUGACCAAACAGUGUUUGCGUGUGGAUGAAAGGCAGAAACGUAUUAGAAAAAGUUGAGAAAAAUAUCAGCGCACGUGUGGAAAAGACAUCAGUCUGCUUUUGAGCUUGUGUGUGAGAGAGUGCAUGUGAGAGUGAGAGAAAAUGCUUGGCAGGGUAUCAGCUGGACGUUUGAUCUUAUUUUGUAUGCCUGUGUUGAGCCGGAUGUCUUUAAGGGGAUGCACACCACAAGAUAUUUGCAUUAAUUCAGCCCGUAUUCGAAACUUGAAAAUGUGGCCUGACUGGAGGAAUUUCUCAGACCAGUGAAACGCAGGAAUCCUCUCGCCGCUGGGCUUGAACAGUGUCCUGUUGUGUGCUCUGUCGGGUAUGAGUGUGGAAGAUAAAUAAAACCAAGGAUGCUUAAGUAAUUUAACUUAAUAAAAUCAUGAUUGACUGUGAAUAUAAAUCUGAUGUUGUUU